AAUGUAUGCAUAGUCAAAUUUUCCUUUAUUUGACUUGGAAAGAGAAAUUGAAUAAGGGAAAGCGAAAACAGAAGGCAAGACAGAAGAAUGGGAACUGCUCCCGCCCAAAUUCCGACGAGCUUCGGCCACGAACUAAGGGCCUGCCUUCGUUGCCGCCUUGUCAAGACUUAUGAUCAGUUCAGAGAAUCGGGUUGUGAAAACUGCCCCUUCUUCAAGAUGGACGAAGAUCACGAGCGUGUCGUCGAUUGCACCACUCCUAAUUUCAAUGGCAUAAUAUCAGUGAUGGAUCCUACCAGAAGUUGGGCUGCUCGCUGGUUGAGAAUCGGCAAAUUUGCCCCUGGCUGUUACACUCUUGCCGUCUCAGAGGCAUUACCUGAGGACUUGCAGAACUUAUGCGAAGACGAGCGAGUUCAGUAUGUGCCUCCGAAACGCGUGUGAAUGGCUAGGCUAGGCUAGUCAAGCAUUUUGAUAUUUGUGAUGUUUGUACGUAGUUACAGUGAGGUAGAAACUUUUUGUGGGAAACAAUUUUGGUUGUGAAAACUCACUGUUCAGUUGCUUAAAAUGUUUCAGUGAAAUCCCCAUUAAUAGGUUAAUUAUAGUAUUCCGUUGUACUUUGGAUAUGAAAAGAUCACUUUGACCACUCCC